GCUGCAGACAGGCGGAUGCCGGGAGCAGAGGAGCGGUCGUGGCGAGCGCCGAGCCACAGGCGCCCCCACCCAUCGUUGAACAGAAAGGAGAGCGGGAGCAAAACGACUCGUCAGUUUCUGCUCAUGCCGCUGGGCGGACGAAUCCAAUUCGGGCCUGGCAUGCUGUCGGCCUCCUUCCCUCGCCGCCUCCUCUCUACUGUUAUAUCACCUCCAGCGACCUCUUCACGCAGCACCAGUACCAGCGACAGCACCAGCAACAGCUGUGGGUUCAGCACAAGAGGGGCGAGGAAGACGCGCCGCUGCAUUUCUUGGACGACGAGCGCGGCUACUCCGGCGGACAUGGCGACCAACAGCGGCAGCUCCCUGACGAAGCUGGCGCCGCUGGAAGCCAUCCUGUUCGACAUCGACGGCACGCUCUGCGACUCCGACCCCAUCCACUUCUGCGCCUUCCGAGAGCUCCUGCAGCAGAUCGGUUUCAACGACGGUGUUCCCAUCACCGAGGAGUUCUACAGUGCCACCAUUAGUGGGGGACACAACGACGACCUCGCUAGGGCGCUGUUCCCGGACAUGGAUCACCAGAAGGCGAUGCAGUUCAUGGAUGACAAAGAAGCUCUAUUCAGAAAGUUGGCACCAGGACAGCUGAAGGCCCUGGAUGGACUGCACGAGCUGUGCCGAUGGAUCGAGGGCCGCAACCUGAAGCGCGCGGCGGUGACCAACGCUCCGAGGGCGAACGCCGAGCUGAUGCUGUCGCUGCUGGGGCUCACCGACUUCUUCCCGGUGCUCGUCAUCGGGAGCGAGUGCGACCGGGCCAAGCCGUUCCCUGACACCUACCUCAAGGCCCUCCAGCUCAUCGACGCAUCGCCUGAACACACCUUCAUAUUCGAAGACUCUGCAUCGGGGGUCCGAGCUGGUGUCGCUGCUGGAGUGCCUGUGGUUGGCCUGACGACGAGGAACCCUGGGAUGGUGCUGAAAGACGCAGGAGCCAGCUUGCUGGCCAAAGAUUUUCAGGACCCAGAGCUGCUGUCCGUGCUUCAAGAGAUCGAACCUGCAGCGGCGAAUGCGUGAGGCUGAUCGGUCAUUGCAGACACACACUAACAAAUGGGAUGCUGGACUGGUGAUCAGCUCUUCAUUUACGGAGUGGAAUAGCUAUACAAUCACACUAUAGAAUAACUACCUCAGGUUCCCCGGCUGGACCUGGAGGUGAGCAUGGAUCAGUGCAAAACCCAGUGCCUACUGCAGUGGUUCUUGCUCCCAAGUCCCAAGUGUCUUCAGCAUAUGUGGCGACCAAUUUUUAUUCUAAUGCAUAUUUAUUUAGUAAAGGAUUUUAUUAUGUCACUUAGGUUAAGGAGGCUUCCAUGUGCCUAAUAACAGUAAUAAUGCCCUAUUGGAGCAUGAAAUUGUUGCUUGAGGAAAUCUGGAAACUCUGUUUCAUUCAGAUCAGAGUCGUAAUGUCCUUAUUCACAUUUUGGUACAUUUUCUCUCUAUAUAUAUAGAAAAAAGGGAUGUACAUAUGUUUAUGGAGUUCUUUCCUCUGCUGUGGUGGAUUGCGGCAGGAUAAAUUUUCAGUCUGUCCAUGUACCCUGCGUGUCGGACUGAAAUAAAACAGAUGCCUAUGGCAUUUGGUGU